GGGCGGGGUUUUGAUGUGUAACAAGAUUAUUAUCAGUCUUGUUGGAAACAUUUUUGUUUAACGUUUGAUUCGAAUGAGCGAAACUCUCAGGUAGUAACUUUACAGUGUAAAAAUGUUAAAUUUUUAAUACAUAAUGUAUUUGUCUGAGUCACGCUUGCUUGCAGUGUAUGGUUACCAUGGUACAGUGAUGUUAUCACAUGGUAAUACAUUAGUACUUUGAUAUAUACCAUGAUAUUUAUAUGGUACUUCAGUGCCUUGAUAUUGCCAUUGAGCAGGUCUUAAAAACAUGGUACUUUAGAAUACAUUUGGACAAACAUGACAUUGAAACUGAACCUGUGUUGUGUUGUUUUGGAGCAAUUUCUGUUGCAGUCAUGGCCAAACGGAGGAUAACACAGGAGACUUUUGAUGCAGUGGUCAGAGAAAACAUUGAGGAGUUUGACAUGGAGGGAAAUGAAGCAUUGGAAGAGGCCAUCAAACAGUUUGAGUCUCAAUGUGUGGACCUCAGCAACAUUGUGAAGGCAGUGCCAAAAGUGUCUUCUGAAGAAAACACAGAAGACCAAACUCAUGAGGUUCUUCAGGCUUUAGAGUCCCUUAAAUCUGCAGUGGCGUCAUCGUCCACAUCUGUACUGGAGGAUCUGCGAGUGUUCACAAAGCAGUGCUCUGUGGACUUUGCUCAGAGAUACCUGGCAGCUCAAAAGGACGCGUAUCCCACUAUCCUCACCUGCUGCCAGAGAGCCGGAGAAGAGAAGGAGGCGCUCUCCGUCGCUCUUGUCGCUCUCUCCGCGCUAACAGACGGCCAGCCGGAUCUCCUGGAUGUGGAAGGACGAGAGUUUUUGAUCGGAGCUUUAACGACGCACCAGUCGGACCCCGCUCUCACCUGCCUGUGCAUCCGUAUCAUUCGACACUUCUGUCUGAAACAUGAGAAUAACAGGCAGGCUUUUGUGAAGGCAGGUGCUUUGGCACUGCUCACCGGGAGCAUCACACGCCACACCGAACAUCCUGAGGUCGUGAGGGAGGCCUGUCUCGCGCUGAGGGUCAUGACCUUCGACGAUGACGUGCGUGUGCCUUUUGGACAAGCCCAUGAACAUGCUAAGAUGAUCGUGAUGGAGCAGAACGGACUGAAAGUCAUUACUGAAGCUGCUAAAGCUCACCCAGAGAACACGGCAGUGCUCAGUGAACUCUGUGCCACCCUCUCUCGUCUCGCUGUGAGAAAUGAGUUCUGUCAGGACAUCGUAGAGCUCGGAGGCUUGAAAUUCAUGAUAAAACUCCUGGCUGACAGUUUAGAUUGUCAGGAACUUGUAAAGCAGGUGCUCAAUGCAUUGAAGGCCAUCGCAGGAAAUGAUGAUGUCAAAGAUGCCAUUGUGAAUACGGGCGGGGCAGAACUGAUUGUCAUAUCGAUGAACCGUCACAUGGCCAAUGCACAGGUGUGUGAACAGGGAUGUGCAGCGCUAUGUGUGCUCGCUCUACGUAAACCCAAUAACUGUACAGUCAUUAUGGAGUGUGGCGGAGCGCUGGCAACACUGCAGGCCAUGAAGAAUCAUCCAGCUGAAGUCAAUGUGCAGAAACAGUCGUGCAUGCUGUUGAGAAACCUGGUCGCUCACACACGUGACUUCACUCAGCCGAUACUGGAAAUGGGAGCGGAAGCACUGAUAUCCCAGGCUCUGACCGCUCACAGGGACUGUGGCGAUGUGGGACGGGCCGCCCUACGAGAUCUCGGCUGCCAUGUUGAACUGCGAGAACUCUGGACAGGCAAGAAGGGAAGCCUGAGUCACUGAAUGAACUGUGAUGCCAAAUUUCUGCUUCAUUCAAUCAUUCACUAUUGAAUCAUGUGACAGCAUGUCUUAACAGUGGAGGUCAUACUAAAUGUAUGCAAUUAAACAUCCUUUUUAGUGGUAUUGAAGUACAUCUGCGGUCUGACUUUAAGUUAUAGUGUAAAUAUAUUUAAUUAUUAUUAUUUCUUUUUGUCAAAGUUUUGUUGCCCCUAUUUAUGGUUAUUAGAGUUGUUUCUACAACAGAAUUGAAACUGUGUUGGAAUAUCUUGUUUUGGAAGAAUCAAGUGUACUUAAUUCAGAUUUGCAUUGUGAAUUAUCACACUGUGGCCCAUUGGCUUAAUUUAAAGACCAUGAGCCUGGCUGUUGGUCAAAUGUGUAUUCACUGGAGUGCAUUGAAAGUUUAUUUGUAUUUUCUUUUUACAUUCCAAAGUGUUUUAAUUAUGUUGAACAUGAGAUAUUCAUGCAUACUGAGACAAGAUAAUAUUAGCUCUGUUUAAACCUUGCCUGCAAUAGAACAUAUGUACUGUAUUGGUGCAAAACAGUACCCUGGUAUUAACAUAGUACAUUAUCCAAAACCCCAUGGUUCUACCAUGCUACUUGAUACUUAUUUUUUCAGUACUUCCAAAAAGGAAAAGUUCUGUAUCGUAUAAAAUGGUAAUACUAUGGUACCAUAUUCAUAUACCAUGUUGUUUAGCCUACAUGAUGCUACAUAUAAUUGCAUGGGUUUACCAUCUGAAAAUGGUCUCAUUUCAAUAUCCAAAAAAACCAUGGUACUUCCUUAUAAGUGGGGUAACUAGUCAAAUAGUAAUACCAUGGUACUUUACAAUUGUAAAGCUCUGUAAUUGGAAUUUUUACUAGUAAAAUUCAAUUUUAGAGCUCUCUAAUGACAUUUUUACUAUUAAGAAUGUAAUUGCAGAGCUCUGUGAUUCAAUUACAGAGCUGUGCAAUUAACCAUAUCUUUAAUUAUAUUUUACUAGUAAAAAUUAAAUUGUAGUGCUCUGUCACUGGAAUACUUAGUAAUAAAAAUCAAAUUAGAGAGCUCUCUAAUUGGAAUAUUUAAUAAUAAAAAAUGAAUUGUACAGCUCUCUAAUUGAAAUUCUUACUAGUAAAAAUUUAAUUGUAGAGUUCUGUAAUUAUAAAUGAAUGGGAGUCAAUGAAAACAUGACAAGUAAAUGUUCAAUUGUAAAGCUCUGUAAUUUGAAUUUUUACUAGUAAAAUGCAAUCGUAGAGCUCUCUAAUGGCAUUUUUACUAUUAUGAAUGUAUUUGCAGAGCUCUGUGAUUCAAUUACAGAGCUGUGUAAUUAACCAUAUCUUUAAUUAUAUUUUACUAGUAAAAAUUAAAUCGUAGAUCUCUGUCACUGGAAUACUUACUAGUAAAAAUCUAAUUAGAGAGCUCUCUAAUUGGAAUUUUUACAAGUAAAAAUUCAGUUGUAGAGCUCUCUAAGUGGAGUUAUUACUAGUAAAAAUGCAAUUACUGAGUUAUCUUAUUGGAAUUCUUACUAGUAAAAAUUUAAUUGUAGAGUUCUGUAAUUAAAAAUGAAUGGGAGUCAAUGGAAACAUAUGACAAAUAAAUAUUCAAUUGUAGAGCUCUGUAAUUGGAAUAUUAAUGGGUAAAAAUGCAGUUUUAGAGCUCUCUAAUUGGAAAUCUUACUAGUAAAAAUGCAGUUUUAGAGCUGUAUAAUUAAAUUUUUAAUUGUAAAAAUGCAAUUAUGAUGAGUAACGCUGGGAACAUUAAAAGAUAAUUUGGC